AUUGUUUGAACUGUUGAAGGCUUGGACUAUUUUGUGUGAUGAUUUGUUUAAUUCAGAGAUUAAAGAUAAAUUGAUCUUAUUUAAAUUUUAAAUAUAUUGUGGUGAUGGUGCUAAUUAUUUGUUGAGAUAUCACGGGUCCAUUUUAUAACUUACAGGAAAUUAUUGAUUACUUACCUUUAAAAUUACAUUGAGUGAACUCAUACUAAUUAACUCAUUUUAAAUUCGUAAAAGAAUAUGAACGCGCUAUUAGGUUAUGGAACAUCAUCAAGCGAAACUGAGGACGAAAGCGGUGAUGAAGAAAAGCCAAAGAUUGAAGACCAGAAGGACAAUGAUAAGCCAAAGCUUCCAAAACCAUCAAUUGGUGAAAACAGUCUCCAUACUUCAGUGUUUUCCAACCCAUUUGCUGAGGCAGAGCAAGCCAAAGCCGCUAUACUUGAGAAACAUGUUAAAAUGGUUCCAGGUAAAGACAAUACCCAAAUGAUUAAUGGCAAGAAGAUCUGCUGGAACUAUCGCAAGGGGAGGUGUCGGUUCGGGCACAAUUGUAAAUAUGCACAUGAUUCAGAUAUACAGAAGACCACAGAAGAAUUAGAUGUUGAAAAACAGAAAUUAAAAUCAGUUGUAUGUGAGGGCUCAGGAACAAUGACCUCUGCGCCACCGCCCCAAGUCGAGCUCGAAGUGUCUUCACCAACACAUGAUGAUUUCUGGGAAGGAAAAGCUGGUCAGAAGAAAAAGCGGCCUGGUCUAUCCCAGGGUCUUGUGCCAGGGAAGAAGGUGAUAAAAAUGUAUAAGGACCAAAAGCUCAAUGAUGUUAGAAAAUAAAAAUAGAAACAAAAAUCCAUCCUUUUUAUUUUAUA